AUGGCGCCCGUUCCCUUUCAUUUGUCGCUAUCUAAUCUACCAAUACUUAGCGCAUUUUUAUCACCUAAUUUUGCGCCGUUUAUACCUGUGCCAAGCCAACCACUACCAGUACCGGCCACAAGUGAAAGCAAAGCGUCCGAAACGACCACGCCUGCUGCGGAGCUCACGUCUCAAAGAACGACAACUGUAGCUGAGUCAGUCUUUACUGCAUCAAUACCAGAAUCGAGUCCGAGCUCUAACUCUUCUGAUGGCGAUGUGUUAAUUUCGGCAGCGGCUGUGAAAGAAUUAAAGUCAACUCAAGAUGACAAUAAACUAGACAAAGCUUCAAAAACACCCAUUGAAGCUCCGAAGCAGAACCUUCCCGUAGAAAGCCCACAUCUCGCCAUUUCAACUUCCACUGCGGCACCCGAGUUUUUUCCUUCAUCCUUUAACGCUCAACAAUAUCUAUCUGUCGACUCGCCACGGCCUAUCGGCAUAAAGAACGCAAAGAAACCCGGUGAUCCAGUUUCAAAAAGUUCUGGAAUACAAUCUUGGAAAACGGGAGAGUCAUCCGAGCCAAAAACCACUGAGGAUAAUAACGUCGUACCCAACACUGUCAGAGGACACAUGACACGAAAGGGGAAAAUAUUUAAAGAUUUGAUUUGGGACACCAUUCUUGCUCUUCCGUCUGCUCCCGAAAUUCCCGAAUCCACUCCACAUUCUGACGUCACGCCAGUUCCAAUAGUAAUUUCCCCUUAUACACGUUUACGUUAUGUUCCAACGACGUCAUCAACGCAGUUCCAACCAAUCACACAAAACGUUGCUACGUCACCAGUUCCCAAGCAACCAAUCGAACACCACGUGACUACGUCAUCAGUUCUGGAACAACCAAUGGAACAUCUUGUAACUACGUCAUCAGUUCUGGAACCACCAAUCGAACAUCAUGUAACUACGUCAUCAGUUCUGGAACCACCAAUUGAACAUCAUGUAACUACGUCAUCAGUUGGGGAACCACCAAUUGAACAUCAAACAACUGAGUCAACAGUUCUCGAGCAUUCAGUCAGAAUUGACUCAACUACGUCAUCAAGUCGAGAACAGCAAAUGUCAGAAAAUAAAAACUCCGACGACGACAAGAAAAGUUCGAAUGAAGAUCAAGAUGAUGUUAGCCAAUCGUCAACACCCGACAGUAAAACAACUGAUUUGGACGACCUUACUACUGUUAGUUUGGACUGGGAUUCCUUCAAACCGGACGAAACUUCUCCAAUGACAGCCUCGAGUUCGUAUCGACAGUAA